AUGUCCCGAUUUUGGCUCAUCUUCUUCUCAUUUUUAACCCUUUCGCUAGCUGGAGUGCUUUCAAGAAAAGAUGAGGAUAUCUUUCAAAAACUUGUUCAUGCUGUGUCAAAGAAACCGGUGGACGCGUCGGGGAAAUGCGCCGUUUGCACGCUGAUCGUCGACGGAUUCCAAAUGCUUCUCAAGGAGAAUUCGACCGAUGAGGAGUUGAUCAAUUUUGGAGUAAACUUGUGCAAAAUUCUGAAAGCCGAAAACACGCAUGUUUGUGAUACUCUCGUCCCAAGUCUAUUGCCAGAGGUCAUUUUCAUGUUGGACAAGAUUGUGGUGACACCGAAUGAGUUGUGUGGAGCUUUUGUGGCAGAUUGCGGCAAUUCGACAAAUGUUUUUGAUGUUUUGUGGCCUUUGAAGAUUCCUGAUGGAAAACCCGCAGUGAAACCUUGGCCACAAGUACCGAAAGGCAAUCCAACGAUGCGUGUCCUUCAUCUUUCCGAUAUUCACAUUGAUCGCCAAUACGUUGAGGGUGCAGAAGCUUUGUGUGACAAUGAGAUUGAGGAUGAUGUUGGAAUCUUUCGAAUGUUUGUCAUGUGUUGUCGCAAUUAUCCGCCCGAGUUUUUUGGGAAUAAAGUAAAAGACUCAAUCAAAAUGCCAGCCGGAAAAUGGGGCACAUUGGCCCAAUGCGAUCUCCCAUAUCAGACAUUCAUUAGUGCCAUGAAACAUAUAUCGCAAAAUGAGAAGCUCGACUACAUCAUGAUCACCGGUGACUUGGAAGCGCACAAUAUCGGGGAUUACACAAGGGAAUCAACAAGCGCCAGCAUUGAGAACAUUACCAACGUUAUUCGGGAAUUUUUCCCAAACACGCCAAUCUAUCAAUCAAUUGGAAAUCACGAGGGAGUGCCGAGUGAUUCAUUUGCCCCUCAUGGAAUGGACGAGUACGACACCCGGGGUCCACAAUGGCUCUACACGGAAUUGGUGAAAGACUGGAGUCCAGAACUUGGAGCCGUCCAACAAAAUGAUGUCCAAUAUCGUGGCUCGUGGGCUCAAUACAUCAAGCCGUCCCUUAAGCUCAUCUCGAUCAACUCGAUCUACUGCUCAAAUCAUAAUUUCUAUAUUUACAUUAAUCAAGUCGAUCCCGAUCAAACACUCGAAUGGUUGAUUGAGCAAUUGAUCGAUUCCGAACAGAAAGGGGAUAAAGUUCACCUCUUCGCUCAUAUCCCCUCGGGAGUAAAUGAUUGCUUGAAGGGAUGGUCAUACAAUUUCUACGAUAUUGUCAACAGAUUUGAGAGCACGAUUGUCGCUCAAUUUUAUGGCCACACUCAUCUAGAUCAUUUCCAGAUCUACUACGAGAGUGCCGAUGCAAAGAAGAGACCAACGGGGAUCAAUUUCAUCACUCCUUCACUCACCACCAAUAGCAACCUCAACCCAGCCUAUCGAAUUUACACAAUCGAUGGAGAUUAUCAAGGAAGCAGCUUUACGAUACUCGAAAUGGAGACCUAUUCGGCGAAUAUCACCGAGGCUAACAUCAACAAUCAUGAGCCGUUGUGGAAACUUGAGUACAAGACUACGGAAUCUUACAGCAUGAAAGACCUUUCCCCAGCCAGUUGGCACGAGUUAACCGUCCGAUUCGAGAACGAUCCCGAUCUUUUCAGGAAAUUCUACAAUUUCUAUACACGAAACGGGAACCAAUCAGACAAUUGUCCCAAUGAAAAAGGAUGUCGAGAAGGAUUUGUUUGCGGGAUGAGAACAGCUCGAUCACACAAUGAGGCACCGAUUUGU